AUGGAAAUGACACCAACGUUCAUCAAUUUUGUCGUGUACGCCGCACUUGUCCGCUCCAGCGUUCGAGUUGAUCUUUUGCAGUUUACCAGCUUCUGGUUAUGUGGCUACUCUGCCGACGUCGUCUUUGAAGUGGAGCUUGUGGAUGAGUUGACAUGA